AUGAAUGCCAACCCAGUGGAGUGCACUGUGAAGUCUCCCGUGGCUUUGCAGAUUGGAGAUACAGUGUCAGACUCCUUUCGUCCUGGUGUUUACAUCAUUGACAUCACCCUUGAGGAGGCUGUGAACAUCCAAGAGAUCUCCUUUAAAAACUACUAUACAGCCUUUGUGACAAUGCGGCUGCAGCAGAGGCAGGCAGGGAGCAAGGAAAACCAUGCUAAAUGGGUCACCUGUCUGAGAAAUCAUCGUCUCAUGGCAAACCCACACACCGAGGCUGGAUCACAAGACUACUUCUCCAUCUACAGACAGCAGAUGUUGACAGAGCCAGAUCAGGUUACAUCACUAAGACUCAUCUUACGCCAGCCGUCUUCAGUCUGGCUGGAUUUCAGCCUGGAAGAGAUCAAAAUUUAUUCCUGUAUCAGUGAGGACUCUGACAAGGAUGUUCCUGCGUGGUUGUCUACUCUCACGCCUAUACAAGAACCUCUUGACCUAAAGGGACUUCCUGAUCCAGAGACUGUGUCAUCCAGUAUUCAGCAGAUGUGGGCGCUGACGGAGCUCAUGCAGUCCAGUCAGAAAUCUGCAUCCAUUGGACGCUUUGAUGUAGAUGGCUGCUAUGACAUCAACCUCCUGUCUUAUACCUAA